UUAGUUUAAAUAGUAAAUAGUUUAUUAGCCUAUCAUAAGUUGUUUUUUCUCACUGAAGUGUUAUGCCUGCAAGUUUCUUUUGAACUUUCUGCUCAGGUUUUUCCUGUUAAUUAAACAAGGUAUUUCUUAAAUAUAAAUGUGAAGACUGAAAAUAAACUUGAAUGUAGCACAUUAAAAUGGGGUUUGAACUGAAAACAAUGGGUUGUGAAUGAAUCACUUAAUCGCAGAAGCCCACGUGACUGCAGGUUUUCCUCCGGUCAUAAGAACAGGUGGUCGCAGAGAGCUGAAGGUACAGAUCAAACAUACACACUGCUAGUACGCUAAAGAGAGUCUUUUUUCUUUUAUGAUUGAAGCCACCCAAAAGUUGUGUUAGGCACAACGUUACGUCUAAAUCUCCUCAUAAAUUCUAGAGAGCUAAAGUUAAAGUCCGGUUCUUUUGUACUUGUCAAGCGCGUGAGAGAUUUUCCCGUCACUCAUGAAGGUGGAGGAAGAGCUGAGGAGCGGCGGCGGAGCGGUGACCGGUGCUCGGGGCAGCAACGACUGCUGCAUCACCAGACUGCUGAGCGUCGUGGAGAACGAGUUACAGGCCGGCCGAGAGAAGGGAGACCCCACUGAGAAACAGCUCAAAGUCACCCUGGAAGAUUCCGAACUCUGGAGGAAAUUCAAAGAAGUGACCAAUGAGAUGAUUGUGACCAAGAACGGCAGGAGGAUGUUUCCAGUUCUGAAGGUCAGCGUGACAGGUCUGGAUUCCAAUGCCAUGUAUUCGUUCCUGCUGGACUUCAGCCCUGCAGACGGGCACCGCUGGAAGUACGUGAAUGGCGAGUGGGUCCCUGCGGGCAAACCUGAGCCUCACAGUCACAGCUGCGUCUACAUCCACCCCGACUCGCCCAACUUCGGUGCCCACUGGAUGAAGGCCCCGGUGUCCUUUAACAAAGUCAAACUGACCAACAAACUCAACGGAGGCGGUCAGAUCAUGCUGAAUUCUCUCCAUAAGUACGAGCCUCAGAUUCACAUUGUUCGUGUAGGAGGCAGCCACAGGAUGGUGACCAACAUCUCUUUCACAGACACUCAGUUCAUCGCUGUAACAGCCUACCAGAAUGAAGAGAUAACUGCAUUGAAGAUAAAGCACAAUCCGUUUGCCAAAGCUUUCCUUGAUGCAAAGGAAAGGAGCCAUCCUAAGAAUCAUCUAGAACCUCCAGCUGAAAACCAGCAUAUGGGCAUACCGCACUGCGGAUGGUUCAUAUCAAAUCCAGACACACUGUGUUCUGCUAGUGGUGGUAACUUUCCGUACCCAGGAGGUUUACCGCUUACUCCCCACCAUGGGUACAAACACUACCCAAGCCUGCACGGGCACCGAGCAGCCCCGUACCCUUCACCCUACCUGCCCCGCCAUCAUCACCACCGUGGCCAUAACUCAGUGUCUCUAUCUGAGAAUCUGAGUCCAGGUGCUGUGCAGAUGUUCUCUGGUCACGAGGGAUGGACAGGUGUGUCUCCUCCUGGUCCUGCUGCGAUGCUGUCUAUGCAACCUGCUCCAAGCUCACCUGGAGCAAGCAGUCAGUAUCCAUGCCUGUGGACUGUGAGCAGUUGCACUGUAUCAUCCAGUCCUCCAGGGGGCAUUGUGAGCACCAUACACAGCCAGGAGGAGCCCGCAGAUGGAGGCUCCACCUCAACAUCACCCUGCUCUUUACUGCAGGGCCACGGACCAACCAGCUCUGAGGGUUGUGUAGAUCAAACCAAUCACAUUAGGGCAGGCGGGGUGAGCUGGCCUUCUGUCUCCACCCACUCAUUUUGAGUGUUCUCAUUUAUUUGCAAAGAAAGAGGUGUACAUGAUCUUUGAAGAUUAUGAGUGUACAGCUGGUUCUGACGUGUCAAUGGUCCUGUCCCAAAUGACGCCAUCAGCAAUUUCUCUGAAUCUACGCUUAAUAGCUUUGUUGGAAUUAAAAAUUCUACUGUCAGGAGUUCCUCCAGUAACCCCAUCAUAAGAAAAAAGUUUCCCUGGAGUAAACAGUAGGAUAUUUGAGGCACCUACCAAAUUGGGCUACCAAAUUUUCAAAGGGUUCUGCCAGACAGGAAUUCUAAGGAUCCUAAAAGAAAGACAAAUGGUCUCUGUAAGAAACGAAGAAGCAUAGUCUAUAAGAUCACAGAUCUGGACAGGGCCCUCUUUUAUCUUUUUUGGUAGAAAAAGGGAAACUUUUUGUGCAUUCAGUGUGUUGUGAACUUGUUGCAACAUCGUAUUUUGGUAUAUUACAAGUCAUUGCAAUGGAUCUGAGCACAGCUUUUGUGUGAAUGUUGUCGUCAAAGUCAAUGAUCAUCUAACAGCAGCACAGAGAUCAUGGGUUCAGGUCCCAGAGAACACACAUAGUGAUUAAAAAAAAAAGUCAGCAUUUGCAUAAAACAUCUGUCCUAUAACUAUAAAUGUACAUUAGUGUUCAAAAGUAUGGGGUCGGUAAGAUUAUUUUUAAAAUUUUUGAGAUUUUAGAUUUUUAGUUUAUGUAAACCAAGGCUGCAUUUAUUUGAUGAAAAAUACAGUAAAAACUGUAUAUUGUGAAAUGUUAUUUUAAUUAACUGUUUUCUAUUGUAAUAAAAGUUUAAAAUCGAAUUUAUUCCUGUGAUGGUAAAGCUGGAUUUUCAGCAUCAUUACUCCAGUCUUCAGUGUCACAUGAUCCUUCAGAAAUCCAUCUAAUAUGCGGAUUUGCUGUUCGAGAAACAUUUCUGAUUAUCAUCAAUGUUGAAAACCCAAUUGCAUUUUUCAUGGAAAUGGUGAUAUAUUUUUUCAGGAUUCUUUGAUAAAUACAAAGUACAAAAGAACAGUAUUUAAUUAAAAUAGAAAUCCUUUUUAACAUUGUAAAUGCUGUUACUAUCACAAGUAUUAAUUUUGUUUAAAAAAAAAACUUACUGACCCCAAACCUUUGAAGGGUAUUGUACAUGUAACAGAAACUCAUUCCUUUAUCUUAUAUUCUUAUUUCUUUUCACUGUCCUUUUUUGUACAUUUGUACAGUCUGGUCAAAAGUUCAAAGCUGUUUUCUGCACACAGAACAUCUGACUGGAGUGACUCGAAGAGAAAGCUUAAUGCAACUACAACUGUGGUAAAACUCUACAAUUAGGCCCCAGCAUAAAUGGUUAGUUAAUCAAUUAAACCACUUUGGCUUGUGGAACAAGGCAGUGUUUUGGCAGGCACAGUGAUUGCGCUCUUACCUGGACUUUUUACCUCCACAACAGCAAACGCAUUCAUUCACAAUCUCUUUUUCUGUCUCUCUCUUUCUCACACACACACAUUCAUUGCAUUCACACUUUCACAGGCAGAAACACAAACACAUUACAACUGCAUUCACACAACUACACACACCUCUGCUUCCUCCAAAAGCAGGCCUCACUUAGCCGCAGUUUUAAAACGCUGCAUAAAGAGAAGACAAUUAUUCCCCCAUCAUAUUUUUCCGCUCUUGAAAAUGUUAUUUUAAUCGUGCCGGUGGAGUGGACCACUCUGUUGUUUUCACAUGAGUGUAAAAAAUAAUGACAGCUGUCCAGUGAAUGGGCCCUUGGCAUGUUUAGGCCACUAUGGGCAUGCAACAGACACACUCUCUCUCUCACUCUCUCACUCUCACUCUCUCUCUCUCUCUCUCUCACACACUCACACCUAAACAGUCACAUACAGUUUCUAAAUGGCUUCAGAAAAGACCAAGAAAAUGUUCUGAAUUUUCUUAAUCCCCUGAUCUCUUAUAUUUUCAUUUUCUAUUUCUCUUAUAUUUUCAUAUUAGCCCUUAUUUUUGGUCUGCAAUGACAAAUCGUAUUUUAAGACUUUUAAAAAUGUAAAAAAAAAAAAAAACGAGUACCUGGAUUAAAAAGCAACCAAAUUCUACAGCUG